UCCAGGGUGUGCUGCCCGUUCGCCUGCUCCCAGCUUGCUCUGAGCAUGGUCACGGCCCACCGCAGGCACCCCUCAAGGUCGGGCAGCCCAUGGCUGCUGGGUCUCCUGGUGCGCCUGCUGCUCUGGGGCUCUCCAGGAGCCUGGGCGAGCUACCUGAGGAGAUCCUCCAGCUGCACACCCAUUCCACACCACAUGGCCUUGUGCUACGAUAUCGGCUACUCCGAGAUGAGGAUUCCCAACCUGCUGGAGCACGAGACCAUGCCAGAAGUGAUCCAGCAGUCUUCCAGCUGGCUGCCCUUGCUGGCCAGGGAGUGCCACCCGGACGCUAGGAUUUUCCUCUGCUCCCUCUUUGCACCAAUCUGCUUGGACAGGCUCAUCUACCCCUGCCGCAGCCUGUGCGAAGCCGUCAAGAGAAGCUGUGCACCCGUCAUGGCUUGUUACGGCUACCCCUGGCCCGAAAUCCUGAACUGCAGCAAGUUUCCUGCAGAUCAUGAACUGUGCAUCGCAGCAGUGUCCACAGAUGAAAAUUCCUCGAGCAGGAGAACAGUGCCCCGAGCCAGCUGCAAGGACUGCGAGCUUGAGGAGGCCAGCACUGCCAGGGAGAUCCUGGAAAACCUCUGCGCCAAUGAUUUUGCAGUGAAAAUCCGAAUCCUGAGGAAGAACACCACCACCACCAUCUCGGACUUCGACCUGGACCCCUCCAAGGUGGAGGUCCUGAAGCACGGCCCGCUCCUCAGAACUGAAAUCCCCGCCCGGCUCCAGCAGUGGCUGGACAUAGAUGCUACCUGCGUCCACAACAUCAUGAGAGGCACUCACGCAGGGGUCUUCGUUGUAAGCGGCGAAGUACAGAGUGACAAAGUGGUGGUGAACAAGGCCUACGCCUGGCAGAAGAAGAACAGGAACCUGCACCAGGCGGUGCGGAGGUGGAAACAUCACCGCUGCCCUGAACAGGCUGGCCGGAAGGUCUGAAAAAUCUCAAUUCCAACAAUAAGAAACUGCUCCCUUCCCUAUGGCUAGAAAACUCCUUUCCCUGGCAGUUGGUGUUUUGGAGAUGUACAGUCCAUAUUUUUAGGUGAUUUGAAGCAGUCAUAGUCCACAGAUAGGGCCUGUUUUCCUGAGACAGAGCUUAAGGAUACAGAUUUAACAUAUUCCUCUCGCAAGGCUCUGCAGAUCCAGGACUUGGAAUGGAUGGCUUUGUGUAGGAUCCAACAGCACAAGAAAACUGAACUGAACUCCACAGGUGAGCCCAAACUAGAAGAGACCUUUAGUAACAGCUCCUUCUAGUUCUUGUCAUCAAAGUUGAUAGCCAUUUCAGCUUCGUUAUUUGACCCUGAGACACUAAUGCUGUCCAAGUGCCUGCUUGCUUUCUGUCCAGAAAGAUUACACGGAAGUCUCCCUGACUGCUAAGUGAUGCUUUUUGUAUAAUGGAGCAAAUAGUUUACUCUUGAACAGUCCAAGGUAAAUUAAGGGGGAGGGGAACCCACCCCAGCAAUGCCUGCCCCCUUAAAAAAUGAAUGCUAAACUCUGCUCUUGAGCAGUCACUCAGGCUGUCCCUUCAGCUUGCUGCGCUGAGAGCUGAUGAGCAUCCGCACAGGUAAGAGGAAACAGCCAUUCUUGAGCAAGAAAAGCACAGAGCAAAGAUAGCUGAGGGUUUCUGCAUAACAGGGAAAACCAUUUUUUAAUGUCAGAAAUUCAGUUUGGAUCAGAAGAUUCUGGUAACUGGGCAACUACUGAAGAUAGCAAGAUAUCACAAGAGCCUUGAAAAAGAGCAGAGCAGGAGUGGGACAUCAGCUGUUUAAACAUCUGCUUUGGUGUGCAACAGCAGCUUUGCUUGGGACUUGGAGGUGAGCCCCAGCCACAGCACAAUAGGUGCUACUUGCAGUUCCGAUAUGGGAGGGCGGGGAGAAACGUUACACAGCUGUCUGGCUGUCCACCCACAUGCAAGGAAGACAGAAAAGGUGGCAAAACUCAGUCUCACCAAGUUCUCUGCAGCUCACUCUCUCACCGAAGUAAGUAGGGACUGUAAUUCCCUGUAGGGGUAAACACAGCUAUAGUUCUAUGCUCCAGACCACAGAGCAGAAAACAGCAAAUCCCCAAAUGAGAAAACAAGUUGGAUUUCUACUGCCUAACAAACAACUGUCCAUGGAAAGUUUUCUACACUGGAUUAAACUUGGGACUGAAAUAAGAGGAAAAACGGCUUUUGGGAGAAAUGCGUUCUGCCUUGUUCAUGACGCCUGCAGUCUCGGUUGUGGAAAGAGCCGCCCGGUUUGAUGGAGACACAUUGCCUCCCUGUGCUCGUAAAGCACACCAACAACCCGUGAUGCGAUCUCCUCUUCAGAUUUAGUGUGGGCUGAGAUGAGUGCUCAGACAUUCACUCUGAAAUUCAGCUGUGCCCUGACAUUUGUGCAGUGAUUACUUCUGUUCCCUAAGGCUCAGAAGAAAAACACAGCGAGAUUUCCUAUUUUUAUUCCUCCCCACUGCCUUGUCUUGCAAACUGCCACCCAAUCCACAGAAUCUGCUGCCAGGUGGUCCCUGCAACGGCAGUAUCUUCAGAACAGACUGCGUUUGGAAAACACAACAGAACACAUAAAAGCUCUGAAGGUUGAAAAGGCUUUGUCUGAUAUUUGUUUUCCAUUAAUAGGAUUAUUUGAUUACUAGUGUUUCCUAACUAAAAAAUGCACAGAUGGUCUGACUUACAAGCUUUAGAAAUGACGUCUCGUAGCCAGAGGGGGGAAAAAAUAGGGCAGGGACUUUUUCAUAGCUCCAUGAAAUACGCUUGGGUUCAAUGCAGAUGACUUACCCACAUUUAAAAAACAAACCGCAGGUUCCCCUAUGGUGCCCAGUGCCAUGCUCCAAAGCACAGAGCUCACAUUAAAUCAUUAAUGAGCUGUCCCAGAAAAAAUCCCCAGAAAUUCAAGAGUCCUUCUUUGCUAGUGACUUCUGGGUUUGUCUAACACAACCAAGUUAAAUACACACUUCCACUAAUUUAAACAACAGCCAUGCAAUA